AUGCCCCGUUUUAAUCGACGGGAGCAGCUCCCCCUCCACAUCAAGCGCGCGCUUUGCGCCCACCACAUCGAAAACCCUCGCCUGCGUCAUGUGGACCUUGCGAGGUGGUGUUACUCGCAGUACGGACUGCGGUCGGAUCGCUCCACAGUCGGCCGCAUCUUGAAGAGCGCCGAGCGAUGGGCCGUCACCGCAACAGGGGACAACCAAGUGCGCCGUCGUGGAGGCGCGUGGCCUGAGCUGGAGGAGGCCAUGGCGCGGUGGAUCGCAAACGCCGGGCCCGCUGGCGUGCCCCUUACUCUCCAGACCAUCCGCGACCAUGUCGCGGGAAUGGCGAGGAACAUGGGCAUCCCGCCCACCUUCCGCUGCUCCAUCGGCUGGGUGCGCCGUGCCCUGCGGCGCCAGGGGGUGAGGUGCCGUGCGGCUCAAGGCGAGGCGGCUAGCGCGGACAUGGCCGCCGUUCGCGAAGCACGUGAGAAGCUGCCGCAACUUCUCACGCAUCUCGGCGUCACACCGCGUGACACCUUCAACCUCGACGAGACGGCGCUCUGGCUGAGCGUGCUUCCGCGGCGCACGCACAGCAGCGGCCGCAUUCCCGGCCGCAAAGUAUCUAAGGAGCGACUGACCGUCGCAUUCCUCGUGAAUGCGGACAGGAGCCAUGCAUUCCGGCUGUUAGAAUCGUAG